AUGUGUUCCAAACUCACCCUGCUCCUCGGAGCUCUGGCUCUCAUCGCGGCUGUCUACGCUGCGGAUCCGACUACUCCAACAGAUCCUACUUCCCCAACUUCACCAACUUCGCCUACUUCACCAACUUCUCCUACUUCGCCUACUUCGCCUACUUCACCAACUUCUCCUACUUCCCCUACAUCGCCAACUUCACCAACCUCACCAACGGCACCCACCUCGCCCACCGAUGCCGCCGCCACCACAACGACCGCUGCUCCCACCACCACAGUUGCCUCGACGACCACGAGGACCCGCCGCAGGAGGUUUCGCAGGCGUUGGAUUCGUAGGCGCAGGAACAAUGGCAACCGCUGGAGGCGCAGGAGGUUCAAUGGUGGUCGCAGGUUCCGUGAAGGAAACUUUGGCGGUCGCAGGUUCCGCGAGGGAAACUUCGGUGGUCGCAGAUUCCGGGAGGGAGGAUUCCGUGAAGGCGGAUUCCGUGAACGCAGGAUCGAGCGCAUCUUCUAA